UGAGCUUAACGAGUCUGCUGCGGCCGAGUCUCGCCACAGUCGGCGUGUGUACACUCCCCGCGGAACUCGUUUGCUGCCUGGCCGUGCGCCUAUAUACAGCUCCGGUCCGCGCGAUCGUCGUAUUGCGGCCUCUGUAUAAUAUUAUAGAUGUGCUACUUGUGCUCAAGUUCCUCUCUCGGCUUUUACAUCUUGCAUAUUGCAUGCAGUUUGCGUUGCCGCGUGUGCCUGGCUUGAUUCUCGACUCGGCGCUCUCCUUCGCCUUUUCAUAAACACACUUCCAUCGUGACAAACAUGUCUAAAAUACAUUCCAUGGUCUCAAGAAAUUGAGUUUACAUUUCACCUACCAUUUAAUGGAAAAACACUUGUAAUUUGAUGAUACACUUCACUAUGUUUAUUUAUCAAACCAUCAAAAUUCAGUAUCUUCAACACUUCUGUCAUCGCAACGUUGUAUAUAACUUACAUUAAGAAAUGCUGCUGGCCCCUACAAAAAGUUCUAGGAUAAACAGUCGUCUGGUUUUAACUUUAGCAGCAGGAUUAAUUUCUGGAUUUUUAUCAGCAUGUCUUCUAUUCACAGCCGCUAGGGAUGUACCAAAUGUUUUUAACUGGCUGCCGUCAAGUUCAUACAAAGAUCCUCACCAUUAUUCACAGUUGGAGCAUGAGGUGGGGCCAGAUGUAGAAGUUUCAUUUCACAAACAUGAUGAAGAUUUUCACAAAGGAGAAGAUGAAGUGGCACAGAAAAUGGCCGAAAAAGUACGAGUCUUAUGUUGGAUUAUGACGGGUCCAAAGAAUCAUCAAACCAAAGCUAAACACGUAAAAGCGACAUGGGGAAAACGAUGCAACAUUCUUUUAUUCAUGAGUUCAGAAGAAGAUGUAAGCUUACCAACCGUUGUGUUGCCAGUAAAAGAAGGUAGAAAUAAUCUGUGGGCAAAAACCAAAGAAGCAUUCAAAUACGUUUAUAACAAUUAUAAGGAUAAAGCCGACUGGUUUCUCAAAGCAGAUGAUGAUACAUACGUAAUUGUGGAAAAUUUACGAUAUAUGCUGUCGCCGUAUUCACCUUCGGAUCCGCUUUAUUUUGGGUGCCGCUUCAAACCGUUCGUAAAGCAGGGCUAUAUGAGUGGCGGAGCUGGCUACGUGCUCAGCCGUAAGGCCUUGGACAAAUUUGCUGAGUUCGGCUUGCCCAAUGCCACUUUAUGUCGCCCGGAUGCCGAUGGUUCUGAGGAUGUGGAGAUGGGCAAGUGCCUCGAGAACGUUAACGUCAAGGCAAUGGAUACGAGAGACCCUUUGGGUAGGGGUCGAUUCUUUCCCUUUAUACCGGAGCAUCAUUUGAUACCGAAUCACGUUGACAAAGACUUUUGGUAUUGGAAAUACAUCUAUUAUCAAGCGAAGGAUGGUCUUGAAUGCUGCUCCGAUAGCGCAGUAUCUUUUCAUUACGUCAGUCCGAACAUGAUGUAUGUUUUAGAAUACUUGAUUUACCAUCUUAGACCGUAUGGCAUUAAUAGAGUGACCAAAGAAAUUAGCACUGAAAGCUCUAGUAGCAAUCGACCUACAACUCGAUGAUGGUGGAUUCCUUAAUCAAAUCUCUAGUCGUACUCACACAAAGUCUGGGUCUAUAUGCCUUAUUAAACACGUAAUACUGUGGAUUAAAAAAAUCUUAUAUAAUAUAAGAAAUUUUGAAAAUCCAUCUAUUUUACAAAGUAAUUUAAGACACCAAAUUUCACGUAGUGAAAAACAGAAAAUAGAUCUUUGGCAAACACUGUUUAAUGUCAACUUGUGUGUAAAGUCUCAAACAGUGUUUUUUAGCUUUCAUAAAUGAUAGGUGAUUUUACACCAGAGUAAAUUUGCGUAGAGAAUUAAAUUUGAAUAUCUUUUACAUUUUUAACUACGACAAUUAACGAAAAAGUUUCGCUGCGAUAACGUUUGAAAUAUUUAAUAUCAAACGAAUCUAGUCUCGACGAUUAUUUGAUUAAUCGUAUAUGAUUGAAUAAACAGUUAACGAUGAAUAAUUAUUUGAAAUUUCAUCGUAAGCUUAAUGCGCUAUCGCUGUGAUAUUUGACGCUCAUCAAUGUGUCUUGCUGCAUCUUUCACGAACAUUGAUACUUCAAAAUCAUAAGAAUCUCAGGCGUAAAAAACGCGAUCGAGUACUUUUUGAAAGUUACGAACUGGGCUGGGCUUUUAUGUGAUUUUUAACUGCGUUUUUCAAAUAAAAAUUUUAUUUUUAUUUGGAGGAAGUUUUUUUUUUUG